UGCACUGACUCCGAGGACCGCCAUCUUGUCACAGCGAAGAAGAAGGAGAGAAGGGAGGGAAAAAGUCCUUGAAUUUGUGCGUUUUGUGAGGCGUAGGGAGGACACGCGGCCUCCACAACAUCACACAUCAAAGAAGAGUAACUGUUGACACCACUGAGGAAUGAUGAACAGCAACCCACACGGAAUGGCUCCCUGGCAUGGGGGUGGUGGUGGGCCAGGGCAGGGCGGGGGCGGAUGGUUUGGUGGGCCCUACGGAGGCGGGUACCCCUCUGGCACCCCUUACAAUGGACCCCCGGGACCCCCACAGCAGGGUUGGAAUGGCUAUGGAGCAGGACCUGGCGGAUUUGGACCCUACAAUGGAUAUCAUGCACCCUGGGCGUAUGGUGUGCCCCCAGGGUUGCCAGGACCGCCUCAGCCACCACAGCCAGACUGCCCUAACAACAACAACAACAACAAUGGGAACAAUAAUAACAAGAAAAACAAUAAUAAUUCAAAUAAUGAUAACAACCCUCCCCUUCCGCCUGGCCCCCCCCCUGGCGGCCCAAACAAGGGGGAGCAAAAUAAAAGCAAUAACUCCAAGAACAACAGCCAGGAGACUGACCAACAGAAGGCAGCAGCGGCGGCAGCAGCAGUGGCCGCUGCCACUAAUACACAGAGUCCCCAGAUGCAGGGCUACAUGCAGGACUACAACCACGGAUAUAACCAGGGCUAUGGGGCUCCCUAUGGACAGGGAUAUGAUGGCUAUGGUGCCUACCAAGGGGGCUGGUUUGGUCCCGGUGGACCCCAAGGCGCCCAGCAGCCCCCCCAGCAAUACCACCAGCAGUCCAUGGGGAGGGGUGGCGGCCCCUCCACUGUGUCAUCCGGCCCCAUCAAGUUCAACCUCCCCAGCAAGAAGGGGCUGGGCUACAAUGCCUUCCAGCAGCAGCAGGGCAUGCAGCAGCAGCAACAGCAAGACCAACAACAACAGCAGCAGCAGCAGCAGCACCAACAACAGCAGCAGCAACAGGAACACCAGAAGCAAAAAGAACAGCAGCAGCAGCAGCAACAACAACAGCAACAGCAACAGCAAUCAUUAGUACCACCACCACAACAACAGCAAAUGCAGAACAUGAACAGCAAGAAGAAGAACAAAAAGAAUAAGAACAUGAUCAUGGCCAACAACCCCUGGACCAAGAUGCAGUUCAUGGACAAGCAGCAGCAGCCACAGAUGCCCCAGCAGCAGCAGCAGCAGCAGCAGCAGCAACAGCACGACCCCAACAACAUGAUGAACGAGAAGGAGAACACAGUGGCUGGGCAGCCCACGCUCAACAUCUUCAACCAAAACAGCAGCGAGAAGCAGGCGCUGAUAAAUAAGGCGGCCGAAAAGACGUGCCUCAAGAGCAUGACCGGCCUGGUGGCAAAUGGCGACUGGCCGGAGAGUCUAAAAGCAUACGUCGGACGCUGCUUUGCCCGCUGCCAGACAGAGCUUGACAAAGACCAGGUUGAAAUCUGCCUCAAAGGGAAACUUACUCAGGCUGCAAACAACGGCACACUCUGGAAAAAGAAUUGGGAUGAGGAGUCACUACCAAGUAUACACAGCGAGUCUACAGUAAACCUUCUCUCUCACAUCAAGAACUGGCAUGCAGUGCCUCCCGCCACAACCAACACCAACGCCCUCAGCAGCAGCGGCAGCAACAACAGUGUCACCAAGGAGACCACACCCAGCCCUAUCAAGACGCCGCAGAGCAAGAAGACGAACUACAACAAGAGGCAGCACAUGUCACCUGGCUACUCGGCAUAUGGCUCAAGAUCAUCUCACUCCAAGUCCCGAUCGAGGUCACACUCUAGGUCAGUCUCAAGGUCUCGCUCAAGGUCCAGAUCCAGGUCUAGGUCGCCCGCCCACCGCAGGAUCCGGCGGGACAGCAAGCGCCGCCACUCCUCCGGCUCUGAGGAGGAGUCUAAGGGCUACAUCAGGCUGAGCAGCAAGCGUGGCCGCAGCCCCUUCAUUGGCCGAGGCCGCGGCAACAAAAAGAUGAAGGGCAAAAACAAGGCGGAAUCACACUUCUACUCCAAGCACGGACGCAUGAACCUGGACCCCGAAUUCAGCUCGUCUGAACGCCUGCAGAAGAGGGCGGCACGCUUCAGCAACAACAGCCUCAACGUGGGGCCGCCCAAGAAGAAGAAGACCCUGGACAUCGCCAAGACCAUCAGCAACACCAAACUCCUCAGCUUCUCAGUGGAUGGGGACGACUUGGAUUGGAGCUCCAUUCAUGUGGUCGGCACCUCCACCACCCUAGAGAAGAACUACCUCAGGCUGACGGCGGCCCCAGACCCAUCAACUGUACGAACAGUGGACACCCUCAAGAGGUCGCUGGAGCACAUCAAGAGGCAGUGGGUGAAGAACCAGGACUACCGGUACGCCUGUGACCAGCUUAAGUCCCUCCGCCAAGACCUCACCAUCCAGGGCAUCAGGAACGAAUUUACAGUGCAGGUGUAUGAGACCCAUUCAAGGAUAGCACUGGAGAAAGGUGACCAUGAGGAGUUCAACCAGUGCCAGAGUCAGCUCAAGCAGCUCUACGCCGAGGUCGGGGGGGAAAACUCCCUCGAAUUUGUGGCCUACAGGCUCCUCUACUACAUCUUCACCAAGAGUACUUUAGACAUCACCUCCCUCAUGGCCAGUCUGUCCAGUGAGCAGAAAGAGAAUGAGUGCAUCAGCUUCUCCCUUAAGCUCCGAGCCGCCUGGUCACUCGGCAACUACCACCGGUUCUUCAAGCUGUACCGUGUGGCCCCCAAGAUGGCCGGCUACCUCGUGGACUGGUUUGCUGACCGGGAGAGGGUACAGGCUCUCAGGGCAAUGAUCAAAGGCUAUCGGCCGGGUAGUCUAGAUGUCAGUUUUAUUAGGUCGGAGUUGGCACUCGGGACUCAAGAGGAGUGGCAGAAAUUUGAGAGCGCUGUGAGCUUGGCGUAUACCGACGCGUCGAAAACCAAAAUAGACUGCAAAAAAUCCACUGCCGAAGCCCCAGCAAGCUAGGAACUCUUGUGGUGGACUGCGAAGGACACGUGUACAAAAAAGGGGCUUUUUUCACGCCCAAAAUGAAGUUAAUUAGCAAAUGACAUUACCCUUUCAAAAGUUAGCCACAAGGGUAGGGUGGUGUGUGUAUGUGUGUGUGAUGUUGAUGGCUGUUCCGUGUGGAAAGUGAAUACUAUUACCGAAAGACCUCACUCGUGGCAUUGCCGAAGGAUUCGGUCGACCGCAAAACACCAAGGACAGUGCACUUUGUUAAACAGUUGUUGUGAUAUCACUAGCCAAGUGGACAUUUUUUGCGACAAGUCUUCAAGUCAGUUUUUGUAUAUUGCGUUUACCGAUUUGCAAUUAAGCGCAGGUGGAUGAGCGUAAUUCAAGUCCACCUUAGUAAGGGCUUCAGAGAACUGAUUCUGGAGAAGCCUGUGAAUCCUGCAGGGCUUGGCGGAGACAAGAGAAGCAAGCAAAGUUCCUUUCAAGCUGAAGUCUGUGACUAAUCCUGUUGCUUGGGCUGUACUGGAGUGCACAACCCUCCCUCACACGCACCCUCACUUCCUGCACCGUCUUGGGUCAUCUCAUCUUAGAAAAGUCUGGGGUUGGUUCUCUGGUACACCUUCCUCUUGUCAUCUGUAGGUGCAAGACACUUCACCUUCAUACUUCCUUUCCAUCACCUCAUCCCAAACACCCAUACCAUUGUCAUCCUCACCAGCACCAUCAGCUCCUCUAGACAGAAGACUUCAGCAAACUGGUGGAGGAUCACAUGGGCAUCUGCAGGAUGCAUCUCUUCAAAUAGUUCAGCUUUGUGAUGCACCAAUGGUAGGGAGGUUACAACAGACAGUAAGGAAGUAAGGCAAUGGAGGGACAUCUCUGUCACUGGAUUUCUUCACGACGACUCGGGAUCUUCUGUUUGUAAAGGCUCUGCACGACGCCUCAGGAUCUUCACCACAACGAAGGCGACUGGAAGCUGGUGAUACGCUGUACCAGUUAAUGAAUUUCAGGUACUACUUCAUUUAGCAUCAUGCAGGACGGGGAUACAAGACAACCAAGCAAACUCGGCUACAAGAUCUGCGGGCAGCACCAUUUAGUGAGGUCAUGCAUCCCCAUUAUCAUUACCACUCCAGUCCUCUUGCCCUCAACCAUCAUCCCCACCUAGAGGGUUGUGCCAACCCUUUAUAGUCCAAUCAGCAGGAUUCACAGUGAAGAGUCAUGAAAGGAUGUGUGCCACCAGUCUGUCCAGAGACACUGAAAACAGGGCUGUGACUUCUGUUCAGAGCCAACCAGCAUUAAAGCGUGUGCAUUGACGUUAGCCUCAAAAGGCAGUAGUGAUGGUUGGAAAACAUUCACGCCUGAAACUCGUCAGAUGGAAAUCACAGAGCGAUGAUUGGAAAACAAGGACUUGGGAAGACACGUUACACCGGUGCGUAGUAGGACUUAAAGAGAGGAACCAGGCCACCCCGUGCAGCCUGGACCACAGCAGCAGGGACUUGCCAUCAUAGUUGAGUCCCCAGUCCAUCUCCCUCCACAGCUAGAGUGGUGGGCAGCGGUAGUGCUUGCUGCUGCUCUUCACCCCACAUAUAGUUAUGUUAUGACGGGACAUUAGCUUGUUCCCAGGUUUAUCCAGCAUUAUUCCAGCCUCCAGCAGCAGACCAUGGACUUCACACCAGCCUCCAGAAGAAGCGUUCCAGCACCAAGAGGAGUCCAGCGGGUCCAGCGUCCAGCCGGUGGUGUGUUCCAGAGCAGCAGGGCAGCCGUCGUCGUCGUCAUUGCUGUGUUCUGGCACAGCAGCACCAGCAGCAGCCGUUGUCUUCAGUGUCAUGGGGUUCCGGCCAUACCCAGCAGGGGCAUGCAGAGUCUCCUGGGCAGUUCUCCGAGAAGGUUCCAGACGUGGUUCACAUGGGCCACACAUUCAAGUCCCCUUUUAUUUUCCUCAACCUUUCACAAGGUUCCUCAUGGCAAGUUUAUUAAUUUGAGGCAGUACUGACGGAGACUUGUGUUUCCUCUCAUAUCAGAGAAUUCUGCACAUUAUUCAAAAUUGCCAUGGACAAAAUUUCAAUCCAUGAACCUUCCUUUGCUAACUUUGCAUCAGCAUUUUCCAGACAUCCUUGCAUAUUCAAUGACUUCAUACUCGUAUAUAUGAAUAGCUUUUUCAUGGAAGAUUGGUGUCAUCUUGCUUAAUUAUAUAACUUAAUAGAUUAAUAUUAAGUACAAAUUUUCCUGUAGUUUUAGAUGACAUACACCAGUAACCUUUUUCUUUCCUUGUUAUUUAUUUUCUUAAGACAGCAUCACAAUAUUUUGUAGAAUGCUCUGAAGGGCGUUUCUUAACUGCAGAGUUUUACAAAUUAAGUUAUUUUGUAAAUAUAUAUAUAUACUUUUCAAUAAACCUUUAAAAGGAAAUAA